AAGCCUGCUCCUCCUCAUCUUUUGCUCUUGCUACCCUGCCCCUUCCCUGAUCAUGGCGGCAGUGCUGGAUGCGUUCGCGUCCAAGCUGGCGGACAUCCUGGUGGGCAUGGCGAAGGCGGAGGUGGAGAUGCUCCUCGGCGUGCCGGGCGAGAUCACCAAGCUCGAGACAACGCUCGGUGACCUGAGCAGCAUUCUGGCGGAUGCUGACAGGAGGCGCAUCCGCGACUCAGCUGCGGAGCGGUGGGUGAGGGAACUCAAGGAUGUCAUGUACGAUGCCGAUGAUAUCCUUGAUCUCUGCCAAAUCAUGGAGGGCGGAGUGGAUCCCUCGUCGUCAUCAACUGCUCCAAAAUCUAGUUCACGCUCACGGUGCUUCAAUAUCCCAGCGAUGUUCUCUUGCUUCCGCAACCCCGUUGUUGCGCACGAGAUUGGAAGGAAGAUUCUGGCGCUAAACCAGCGACUGGUGGACCUUGAGAAGAGGAGCUCCCGCUAUGGAUUCAUCACCCAAGCGAUCAAUUCUUCGGGUUAUUCCACCAACAAAGCUACCGAUUCUUUGUCGGAUAGCAACAGAAAGACCGGAUCGGGAAUCGUCCGAUCUGAUGUUGUCGGCGAGAAGAUUGAGCAAGAUACCAAAAAAAUUGUUGAUUUGCUUGUCAAGAAGGUGGAUGCUCAUGUAGGAUUAAACAAGAACAAUGUUGUUAUUUCCACUGCUAUUAUAGGCGUCGGUGGGAUAGGCAAAACCACCCUGGCUAGGAUGGUUUACAAUGACAACAUUGUGGGUGAAAACUUCGACAAAAGGAUCUGGUUGAGCGUUAAUAAGGAAGUCAACCAAAUUGGUGUACUACAAAAUAUCAUUGCUGCUCUUGGGAACAAUUAUGGUGGUUCCGUGGGAGACAAGGCCCUGCUGGAGGAUGCUUUGAAGGAGGUAGUGCGGCAAAAGAAGUUCUUGUUGGUGAUGGAUGAUGUGUGGAGUGAGAGCGAGCAUGUGUGGAGUGAGAUUCUUAGAGUAUCGCUUAAUUAUGGUGCUCCCGGGAGUCGAGUCUUGGUGACCACAAGAAAUGAUCAAGUCGCUCACAAGAUGAAGGCACAACAUCUCCAUCGAGUUGAAAAGCUAGAAGAAGAAGAUGCUUGGAUUUUGCUAAAGAAGCAGGUCAGUAAAUUUGACCUAUUGAACAUGGAUCGACAGAUUAUAGAGGAUAUUGGGAGGAAGAUUGUCAAAAGAUGUGAUGGCUUGCCACUGGCAAUUAAGGUAGUUGGAGGAGCCUUGUUAGAGAAAAGUAGAACAAGAGAUGCUUGGAUGAAUGUCUCUAACCACUACACUUGGUCGAUAGCAGGAAUCGCUGACAAUAUUAACAGAGCGGUCUAUUUGAGUUAUGAAGAGUUACCUUCACACUUAAAGCACUGUUUUUUGUAUUGUUCACUUUUCCCUAAAAAUAAAUUAAUCAUAAGUGGAGUUAUAGUCCAGCUUUGGAUCGCAGAAGGUUACCUGCAUAACAAAAUGAACUCGAUGCUACCGGAAGACUUGGGGUUUGAGUACUACAAAGAAUUGGUUUCAAGGAACCUUUUAGAACCAGACAAAAAGGCCUAUGAUCAUUCAGGAUGCACCAUGCAUGAUGUUGUCCACUCCUUCGCUCAGUAUAUAACAAAAGACGAAGGAGUACUUGUUAGCAAGGGGCAGAAUAUAGAUAGCACUCUUAGUACUUUGAAGCUUCGUCACCUGUCUAUCUCAAACAAGGCAGCAGAAUGGGAUGCUUUGCGGAAACAAGCCUCACUUAGAACAUUAAUGUUAUUUGGAAGCACCGCGAUUGAGUUGAGGGAUUUAUUGAACAAUCUUUCUUGCCUAAGAGUACUACUUCUACAUAAUGUAAAUCUUGUUGAGGCACCAGACUCCAUAUGCCACCUCAAACAUUUAAGAUGCUUAUUUCUUUCUGGCACAAGCAUAUCUACGAUCCCUCAAGGCAUAGGAGAUCUAACAUUUCUACAAGCCAUUGACCUUUCUGGUUGUAUAAAUAUUUCUCAACUUCCUAACAGCAUCUUGAAGCUACGGAAGCUGAGGUCACUCAACAUUAGACGCACGGCAAUUACCUCAGUUCCUCGUGGCUUCGGGAAGCUAGAAGAUUUGAUCAUUUUGUAUGGAUUUCCAACCCAUUCUGAUGAUAGCGCAGAUGGCUGGUGCAGCUUAGAAGAGCUAGGGCCUCUGUCGAACCUCAAAAGACUUGAAAUAAGAGGUCUGGAGAAGGCAUCUUCCGGUUCUGUAGCUGCUAAAGCAAUGCUUAGCAGUAAACAUCACCUGACAGAGUUGGAUUUGAUAUUUACCAGUAGGCUCGGAGGGAAUUGGAAGGUCGAAGACAACAUCAGCAAGGAGGAGCACGAGAGAAUAAACGAGGUGUUGGGUAAUCUCUGUCCUCAAACUUGCAUAGAAUUGCUUAGUAUCAAUGGUUACUUUGGAAGUGGGUUGCCGCAGUGGACCAGAUCCAUGUCAGCCUUUGGGAGCUUAAGGCGGCUGGAGCUAGAGGACUACGCAUGCUGCAUGCAGCUGCCUAACGGAUUGGGCCAGCUACCCUUUCUGGAUUUUCUUUGGAUCAUGCGUGCUCCGUCCGUCCAGUGUGUUGGUCAUGAUUUCCUCCUCCCCUCUUCGGGAGGUGAAGGUGGUGGCAAGGGCGAGGCAUCAGUGACAACAGGAAAACGGAUUGACAGGAGGCAUCCUCAUCAUAUUUCAUGUGGUGCUGGUGUCGCAUUUCCCAAGCUGACAAGGCUAGGUUUUGUGGGCAUGUUGGGAUGGACAGAGUGGGACUGGGAGAAGCACGUCCCAGCGAUGCCUGCUUUAGAGUCGCUUCAGAUUACCACUUGUAGACUGCAACAUCUUCCUGCAGGACUUGCAUACCAUGCAUGUCGAUUGACAGAGUUGAACCUGGGAAAUAUACCACACUUGGUCUCUGUAGAGAACUUCCCUUCACUAGUUAAGCUUUGGUCAUAUGACAACCCAAGAAUAGAGAGGAUCAGCAACAAUCCAAGCUUGCAAUGGAUUCAUAUUGUCAGAUGCCCAAGGAUACAUGUAUUGCAGGAUUUGCCAUCACUCCGAAACAUCGAGUGGGAGGAUUUGGAUGCUGAAGCAGUACCACAGUACUUACAAGAGUCAGAGUUAAAUAAGCUGCGUCUAGAUUGCAGCCUAAGCUUGCUCAAACUGAUAGCACUCCAAGAUGACUCCUCCGAGUGGGGAAAGAUCCAGCACGUUCAGCAGUUAAAGGCAUUCGGGAGGAAAUCUAAGGAAGAUAAGGUCGACAGGCACAUCUUCUACACCAGGGAGCCAUAUUCCUUCGAGGCAGACAUGGGCGAAUCUACAGGUGCCUGAAACCGAAAGGAAGAAGCACAAAUUCAGGUGCGGCAUUUUUGUUGUUCAAAUCGGCAGGUAUGCCCCUUUUCACCAGGAGACAUCCAAUUGUUAUCACGCUCGUUGUUCAUAUAAAUCACUAGGUGGAGCCUCAAAUCCUCAUUUCCCGUCGUUUAAUAGAGUGCAAAGUGCAUACCUUACCUCAGAAAGGGAGAAGUCAAAUCACUGCGCCGCCGGGGACGCUCCGCGGACGGUGCGCCGGCCGGGCCCUAGAGCAGGAGCGCACGCGCCAGCCAGCGCUAGGAGGCCAGUGGUCGGAGGUGCCCAGAGGCUGACCUCCGUUGCGGGUUUACCCACAAUUAUCUAUGUUACCGCAUCCUUUUCCAUGUUGUUCGGAAGCUUUGUUCCACCCUUGCAUUUGCUUGGCAUGUGAUCUAUUUCACUACUCCACAAUGGUACCAUUGUGUGCU